GUGCGUUGGUGGAAACUUCUGUCAGCCGUUCGUUGCUAAUCAUAAUCUAAAAGCAUUACGGAGAUAACUUGGUCACGUUCUUAUUUCGUAGUUGUUUACUUGAGAAGAAAGGCCUGAAAUAGGUGAUGUGUUCAACCACUACCUAUCGGCCUACCUACCUACUUUUUACCUAAAUACCUCCACUGCAUGUGCCGUCGUAAUUUUUCUCUCUUAACUAACGAACGAAGCACGUUGACUUUGGAUGUUGCAUUUAAUUUACCCAGUGCAAAGAAAAAAGUUCAUAUUAAUGCGAAUGUUCAUUAAGAAUCGGUGACAAACUCUUUGAUAUUUCAUUUAUAAGUUAUAUUAAUUAUCAUAGUAAGCGAAUCUGUGUAUAGCUUAAAGAGAGGAGACCAACAAAAGUUUCAAUUAACCUGCGGAAACAGAACCGGAGUCAUACAGAUGGGUUUCACUUGACUUAGACAGCUUCUGACUGAACAGUUGAUUGAUAAUGCUAGAAAUAACAGUACUGGUCUCUAUUGUGGUGCUAGCCAGCAUUGUCUUCUUGGCAUUUCAGUGCUCCUGCUUUGGAAAAUCUACAAGAUUCAAAAGUUUUGAAGAGGAUGCAGAAAAUCCAAGAGAACGUCCUUUGGAAGGUUGUGUUGGCCCCGAAGUGGACAAUACAUCGUUGGUGAAUUUUGAGCCGUUACCUGACAUUUUAUCAAAAGCAAUACCUGCUACCACAGCCCUGAGACCAAGAAUCACUUGUAUUGCCACUGACAACAAUGAACCCAACUCAAGAAUUGUCUCCUUCCAACAAGCAUUCCCUCGUAAACAACUCACCUAUCUCUCUGAGAUGGGGAUGGGCUGGUUUGGCCAGGUUGUCCAAGGAAUUGCUGAUAAUGUUUUGGUUGGAGUUAGACAAAGUAAUGUUGUUGUUCAAGUACUUCGAGAUGAUGCAAGCGCUCUUGAAAUGCAGAAGUUCCUCCAAGAAGUUGCUGGUUACCGGAUAUUAGAUCAUCCUAACGUACUCCGACUACUUGGAAUGUGUACUGAAGCUAUCCCGUUCCUCAUACUCUUUGAAUAUUUCCCACUGGGCGAUCUGAAGAGUUACCUCAUCGAACAGGAAAAUAAAUUACCAAUGCAUAAAGAGAGGAAACUCUUGUUACAUUUUGCUGUCGAUGUUGCCUGUGGUUUGGCUUGUCUUCAUCGUCACAACUAUGUUCAUUGUGAUCUUGCUUUGCGUAAUUGUUUGGUGACCAAUGAUCUGUCUGUAAAAGUUGGUGAUUAUGGCCUGGCUGAGGAUUUGUAUAAGGAGGAUUAUUAUGAUACAGGGUGUGACCUGUUGCCAGUCCGGUGGAUGGCUCCUGAGACGCUUACUUUACAAAAAGGAGUUUGGCGUACAAAGGCUUUUACACCUCAGGCCAAUAUUUGGUCUUAUGGUGUGAGCAUGUGGGAAUUGAUACAGUUUGGCCGACAGCCCUAUCAUUGGUUGACCGAUGAACAAGUCUUGGACUGUGUUGUUCUAAAGAAGACAGAAGUUCUGCCAGUUCCAAAUUAUCCUGAGCACCAGAAGAUCAACAUAUACGAACUGAUGAAAAUGUGUUGGCAGAAACCAGAACAGCGUCCUACAAUUGAGGAAUUACAUGGUCAUCUGUUGGAUCUGGAGAUCUCUUUGAAGAACAUGGAAGAAUCAGAUUUUGAAAGUAAAUGGAAUAUUCUGAGUCCAGUUGAAAUCGAAAGCCCAAGUCAUGGAAUUGCCCCAGAAUCCAUGGAGAUAGCGACAGAUGCUCUGGAAUUGUUUGUAGCUGAGACUGAAGCUCCUGUAGCAAACGGUAACACAGGAGAUGUAGCUCUUAAUAUUCCCAUCGAAGUUCCAUUAGAAAAUGGUCUGACCAUUCCAUUGGCUAGCCGUCACCUCUUGACCUUUAAUGAUAGCGAUUUGGUGACCGACAUCAAUACAGAAACUGAAGAGAAGCUUUUAGCUCAGCUAGAGUCUGAAACAAAGAAUGCACCAAACAGUGAAACUAUGCUCCAUCUCGAUCCUGAGUUUCAGUUGGAACCAAAAAGUCCAGCAAAAGCCAUUGCAAAACAGGGUAAAGUUGACCUUUCUGGUCAUGAUGAUGUCGAUAGUGUCGAUGGAUCCAGUCCAAUCAGUACCAGCAAAGUGAAAAAGGCAAAUAGCACUGAAGAAGAUGGAAUGCCUUCUCCAAUACCAAACGUGUCUCCCAAUACUUCACCUUCUCACUCAGAUGCUGAGCUGCAGCGUUCAUCAGAGCGUAUCCAAGAUCUGAGCUCGAUCCAUUCUUGUAGUGAUGAAAGUGCCAAUGAAUCGUCUCCUGAGAUCUCUGAAGAAAUGGCCGACAUCUAUUUUCAAAGACGUCCAAAUUCAAGCGGCUUACGUCGUUCCAAUAUGAAAGCAAUGCCUUUAGCGCCAAUACCGGAAAAUGGUAUACCUGUAGACAGUUUUAGUGGGACUUUUAAUAAAUCUCGGCUAAUAAAAAGCAAUUCUGAUGACUCUCCAUCGCAACAAGACUCUUACGAAUGGGAUGAACUAGUUGGUGGACAGCUUGUGGGUAAAAGCUGUGAUAAUGUGCCCUCACCCCGUCGAAGCUUGGACUUUGACUGGUCCAUGGAUUCGAACCCCAAACCAGUUACCCACAAUAAAAGGCGAAGACAUACGUUGGCAUCGCUCCCACAUCUAGGUAAAAACAGUGAAUUUUCUUUUGGUAAAUCAGAUAAUAGUUGUUUCUCCACGUCCGGAACUGGACUUAACGCGUGUUCCAUUGCAUCGGAGAUCCUGACCAGUCGGGUCAUCUCUCCAAUUAGUAAAAAAACACCACCACGUCGAACAUUUUAUACAAUUUCCUCUCUCAAUGAUAUCGAUCUGGACAUUGGUGAUGAUGACGAUGGACUUGAAAUGGACAAUUUUGAUAUUCCACGUAGCCUUCAUUUAAAAUAUUCCACCAGUCAAGAUCUCACAACAGUUGGCAAUUCAGACACAUCAAAGGAUUUUACUGACCUACCACUUGACGAAGAAUCCGUUCCAUCAUCAUCAUCACUACCAUCAACAUCAGAAGCAUUUUGUGAAGACUUAUUGGAGAGAAUUUCAUCUAUAGAAUCCGGAUCAGGAAGUCCAUUAGAAUCAUUGAAACAACAAGACAGCUGACAUUUUUAGACAUAUUCUGAAGUAUCAAUGGAAUGUGAUCCUCUGUUUUCACGAUUGUCCACAAGCUGAAGGUGUGUUAAUAUUCUUGGAAACAACAACAGCAUCUUAGCAUCCAGCAUCCGGCAUCCAAUCAUCAGUCAUCUUCAUCAAAUUGUAUUUAGUUCCAUCCAUUUAAAAAUGAAAUAAUAAAUUAUUUAAAAAUAAUAAAUUAUUUCAUUCAGAUUCAUCUCGUCCUGCAAAAAAACAAAAACACCCCCCCCC